AUGGCUACUGACCCAGCAACGUUGAUCUCGGUGGGAUCCCUGAGGCAAGUUGUCGCCUAUCGAGUUUCUUUCUGCCCUUUCCUAAUAGAUUCACUUAGUGCGAUCUUCGAUGAAUCGAGAACAGCCCCAAGCGAGCCCAUCGUCCAAUGUGUGCAAAUCAAACCACUCGCUCCUCAGCCGAACGGUCAAGAGCGAUACCGAGCGGUUUUCAGUGACAUUUCUAAUUAUGUGCAAACUAUGAUCGCUACUCAAGCGAAUCACCUCGUCAAAGAUGGAAUUCUUAGAAAAGGUUGCCUCGUACGACUAAAGUCUUUUCAGUCAAAUUCUAUCAAAGGCAAGAAAAUCCUCAUCAUACUCGAUCUCGAAGUCCUACAACACCUCGGCGAAUACGAGAAAAUCGGGGAUCCCAAACCACUUGAAGGCAAGUCAGAAGAUGAGGAGAAAGCCACACCAACAAUGAUGUCUAGCAAUGGGGUAUACGGUACAAAAGUACCGACCGGACACGUCGCUCACAACAUACGCCAGACAUCCUCUUCUGGCCACGCAACUAUUUACCCUAUUGAGGCUAUAUCUCCAUACUCUCACAAGUGGACGAUAAAGGCACGCUGCACGAGCAAGUCGGCUAUCAAGACAUGGCAUCGCAGCAACUCGGAAGGCAAACUCUUCAGCGUGAAUCUAUUGGACGAUAGUGGCGAGAUUAAGGCGACUGGUUUCAACGAUCAGUGUGACUCACUCUAUGAUCUAUUCCAAGAGGGCUCAGUUUAUUACAUCUCAAGCCCAUGUCGAGUCCAGAUUGCAAAGAAGCAAUUUUCAAAUUUGAACAAUGACUACGAGCUCACGUUUGAGCGAGACACUAUUGUUGAAAAGGCUGAAGACCAGGACAGUGUUCCUCAAGUCCGAUUCAAUUUCACUACCAUUGGUGACCUUCAGUCAGUGGAGAAAGACACAACGAUUGAUGUCAUUGGUGUUUUGAAAGAAGUCGGACAGACCUCACAGAUAACUUCUAAAACGACGAACAAACCUUACGACAAACGGGACCUGACUCUUGUCGACAAUACCGGAUUCUCUGUUCGACUGACAGUCUGGGGCAAUCUAGCCACAAAUUUCAACACUUUACCUGAAUCAGUAGUUGCUUUUAAGGGCGUGAAGGUGUCCGACUUUGGGGGUAGAAGCCUGAGUUUGCUCAGUUCCGGCACCUUCACCGUCGAUCCCGACAUUGAAGAGGCCCACAGACUCAAGGGCUGGUAUGAUGCACAGGGAAGGUCUGACACUUUUGCAUCCCAUGCUUCCAUGUCAGAUGGGGCCACUUCUGGCAGCGGGAAGCUCGACCAGUACAAGACGAUCGCCCAGAUCCGCGAAGAGCAGUUGGGAAUGUCAGAAGCCGCCGACUUUUUCUCUCUGAAAGCCACCAUCAUUUACAUCAAACAAGACAAUGUGAGCUACCCGGCAUGCCCUUCACAGGAUUGCAACAAGAAAGUUAGCGAACUUGACCCUGGUCAAUGGCGUUGUGAGCGAUGCGACAAGACUUAUCCCAAACCAGAGUAUCGCUACAUCAUGCUUAUCAAUGUUAGCGAUCAUACUGGUCAAUUAUGGCUAAACUGUUUCGAUGAAGUUGGAAGACUUAUCAUGGGCACAACGGCGGACGAUUUGGUUAGUAUGGAAGCCGAAAACAAGUAUGAAGCUAGCGAGCUCUUCCAGGAGGCCAAUUGUCAGACAUGGAGCUUCCGCUGCAAAGCGAAAAUGGAUCAUUACGGCGAACAGCAGAGCAUACAUACACCGCAGUCACAAACCAUGGCGUCGAUGAAAGCAAUAGGCAUCAAGGAUGGCAAAGGGCCGGCAGAGGCUAUGUUCAUGGACACAAUCAGCCGCCCCGUCGCAACCGGUAACCAGGCCUUGGUUAAAAUAAAGGCAUUUGGACUCAAUCGAAUGGAUUUGCUGCAGAGGGACGGCAAAUAUCCAGUUCCACCGCAAGCUCCCAGCACAAUGGGCGUGGAAUUUUCCGGGGUCAUUGAGGAGCUUCCAGAUUCACAAAGUGGUUUCAAAGUUGGCGAUGAGGUUUUCGGCCUCGCAUAUGGAGGUGCCUAUGCGGAGUAUGUAUCCGUAUCUACACGAAUGCUUAUCCACAAGCCAUCUGGAAUCUCGUGGGAGGAGGCUGCGGGAGAAUUCAAAACAGGUCAAUCGGUUCUAUGGCAUGCUGGCGCUUCUUCCGUAUCCAUUUCUGGCAUUCAACUCUCAAAAGCCCUCGGCGCCACAAAGAUUUUUGUCACGGCAGGGUCUCAGGAGAAGAUCGACUUUUGCGUCAACGAGCUAGGCGCCACUGCGGGAUUCAACUACAACACCCAGGAUUGGGCCAAGGGUGUUUUAGAAGCUACUGAUGGCAAGGGUGUUGAUCUGAUUGUUGACUUCAUUGGAGCAAAUUACUUUGCUUCGAACUUGACCGCUGCUGCACGAGACGGUCGUAUCGUCGUGCUAGGUUGUAUGAGCGGCGUUGAGCUACCUGCAGGUGUCAACAUGGGUCCUAUCUUGAUCAAACGACUAAGAAUCGAAGGCAGCACUUUGCGAAGCCGCGAUGAAGGAUACCAGGAGAAGCUUCGAAAUCUUCUAGUAGAGAAUGCUAUGCCAAAGUUUGAGGACGGCACUUUCAAGGUCUUCAUCACCAAAGUAUUGCCAUUCGAUCAGAUCGUUCAAGCACACAAAUUGCUGGAAAGCAAUCAAACAAAGGGCAAGAUCAUUUGCACAGUACCGUGA